GCAUUCAACGGUUGUUGUGAUAAACGAAUUUCACACAUAUAAGUUGCACCACCAACUUAAAUAGCGGAAAGAGAAAAAAGAAAAACAUCAUUCAAAUCUCUCUUCUCUAGCUUCUGCGAGUUUUGGUGGCUAAUCAUGGCGGCCUCGAAGCUCGUGAUUGUAUCGCUGUUCCUCGCCCUAAUUUUCACGAGCUCUCUAAGAGCUGACGUUCUGAUCGACGGUGAAGAUACGACGGAGAAAGAAGUUGCCGGAUCCAACAACUUCGAUUCCUCGUCUUUGAAGAUCGAACUUGACCAGCUUAAAUCCAGGAUCCAUUCUCUUGAAACCCAGAUUUAUGAAAAAACCAGAGAACUCAAAAGCAAGGAUGUGAUAAUAGCAGAGAAGGAGAAAAUCAUUCAGGAGAAGUCCAACAGCAUUACAUCAUUGCAGAAUGAAAUAUCAUCUCUCCAGAAAAAAGGCACGUUAGAUGCUGCAGAGCAGGUCGGAAAGGCUCAUGCAAAGGCUGUAGAAUUAGAGAAGCAGGUUGAAAAUCUCAAGAAGGAGGUGGAAGCAAAGAAUAAGGAGAAAGAAGCCUUGGAAGCCGGCGCAGAUGAAGCAGAGAAGAAGAUAAGUGUACUGAUUUUGAAACUAGAAAAUCUUGAAAGAAUUAAUGAUGAACAGAAGAGCAAAAUUCGCAAAACUGAACGUGCUCUUAAAAUGGCUGAGGAAGAAUUGAUGAAGGCAAAAUUUGAAGCAACUUCCAAAACUAAGGAGUUAACAGAGGUUCAUGGUGCAUGGCUUCCACCAUGGCUUGCUGUACACUUAAUUCAUUUUCAGUCCUUUGUGGGGGCACAUUGGAAUGAGCAUGGAAAACCUGCCGUGGAUUUGAUGAUCCAGAAGGCCCUUGAGAAAAAGUCUCAAGCUGAAAAGUGGGCUGAACCUCUCCUGGAAACAGUUAAAACUAAAUGGAUCCCAGUUGCGAAGGACCAGUUGUUGGCGGUUACCACAUAUGUCGAACCACAUGUGCAAUUAGUAUCCACUAAAAUGAAAGAAGCUUAUGAGACGUCAAAGAUUGUGAUAGCUCCACAUGUUAUCAAAGUUCAACAAUCUGUUGAUCAUACUUUCAGGAAGCUAAGAAGUUUACCAAGCCAUAUAUCGAUCAAGUUGCUACCGUGACAAAACCUCAUGUCGAUAAAGUACGAGUUGCAAUGAAGCCAUAUACAAAGCAAAUAGUCCGUGCUUAUGAAAGAAUCUUGAAAUCUGCGAACACAUACCACCGUCAGGUUUGAACCUGUUCUGCUGUUACAACGUGCACACAAAUUGACCAGUUUUCAAUAUUUAUACUUUUUUAAAUAGCAGGAAUGUUCUUCAUCUAGAAUUUGUUGGAAAUGGGCUUUAUUCUAUGAACUCCUUUGGUGAAGGGUAACAAAUAUUAUUUUGAAGUCAAAACCGUGAGGUCUGUGUAUCUAGCUUUUUUUUUAGUUGUUUCUUUGUGGGAUUCAUUGAGAAAGUGACAGAUAAUUUGGAGAGAACUGUUCAGCAUUUGGUUUGAUUUUCAGAGUCAAGUGAUUAUAAUUCGCAAACAAAUUGUCUUCUUGUCUCUGUGCAGCUGUUGAUUUUCUGUGCAAAUUGGUAAUUGGAUAGUAUAGGAAUAUUCACCUAUUGUCCAUCGGUUACACAUUUUCGGCUUAAUCUUGGACUCUGAUUCACCCUCCCAUGGAUGAACCUUGCAAAAGAGGCUAGGUUAGAUGAAAGAUGGUUAUUGGUUGAAGGACGUUAAGUGCCCUACUUUUUCAGGGUAAGAAAGGUUAGAGAAAAUGUCCCAAGCCAAUGUUCAAGUAACAGACACUAUGAUGGUGGAGUAACCCAUGGUAUACUACCAAGAAAAGCUUGAACAACCUUUAACAAAGGGGUCCCUAUAUCCGAAACUAACAGAGGUGAGUAAGUAGAGAAUACGCAGGGGUGCAAGAUAACUCUCUCUAAGGAACUCGACAAAGUAGUCCCGUAACUUUGGGAGAAGGGGUGCUUUCUCAUAAAGGGAGUUGCAAUGAUUAGGCUUGGGCAAUUUAUCAAAAACAUAGGUCUCUGCAAAGUCAUAAGACCAUGUAUGGGGGUUGACCUGCCUACUACCGGAAGGUCAAGGAAGUUGGUGACAUGAUGACAGGGCAGCCAACAACUAAAGCACUGGUGGACGGUGGCCGUAACUAUAAUGGUACUAAAGUAGUGAAAUUCCUUGUUGGGUAAGUUUCAUUCCUCACAAAAUGUCUAGCGAUCUGGGCAUUGUCUUGGAGAGAGACUCAAUAAAGUAAACAUGUUUAUGAAGAUGCGGACAACCUGCACCUGGAUAGAAAAUAACCUAUGAAACUUCACUAUUCCCUGGAUUGGCUUUGGGCUUUUUCUGUUCAGCUUAGGUGAAGGGUGAAGAAAGCCUCGUUCUAGCGGAGUUCAAGUCAUAUGUGAGAUACCACUCUGAAAGAGUUAGAAUCCAAAUCUUGUGCUAGGACA